AUGAAUCCCUCACACGCCCAAAGCCAUCAUGAUUACGGGAGCUUUUAUGGCUGGGGACAGGUGGGAGGAGACUUGGCUGCUGCUGCUAUCUCAGCGGCAUUGGUGGCUCCAAUGGUGACAAUGAUCGAUGGCGCUGGCACCCUCAGCUUCGUAUGCACCUUUUUGGUCAAUGUACCUCUUGGUGUGCGCAAAGAUAUCCGGUUCGCACAACUCUUUGGCCGUCCGAGUUGCAUUGAACCCACUAUCGCCACAAAACUCGCUCUCCUUUCGCCAACUGGAGUGGGGGCAGCAGCAGCCACAGCGACACUUCUUCUGCGGGAUGCAGUCACCAUCUACGGGUCCUUUACACUGCCGCAGCUGUGCUCAGAUUCGAUUCCUGAUAGCUUGACCACUCACCCGUAUUCCAAGAUGAUCAUCACACAGAUGAUCGUGCCCGUCUUGUCCCAGUUGGUAGCUACACCUCUGCAUCUCCUCGGUCUGGAUCUCUAUAAUCGCCAGUAUCCAAUACCCUGGUCCGAUCGAUUCGCUAUAAUUAGCAGGGAUUUGCUAUCGGCGACCGCCAUUAGGUGUACGCGCAUUAUGCCUGCGUUUGGGCUUGGGUGCCUUACCAACGUGGGCUUGCGGUCAUUCUUCCAUAGUGACAGUCUUACUUCGUAA